AUGAGUAAUUAUGCGAUUUUCAUAUCAGAAGUGAGAGCCAACGAACGAAAAUCAUUGCAAGUUCAGAAUGUUUCAAAUUUAGAGAAAUGCUUCGUACCUUACCUUCCUGAAGGUCCAUCAAAAAUCAUUCAAAUUUCAAAUCUUCAAAAGAAGACUUUACAACAACAAAUCUUCAAAGAAAGAAGACUUUACAACAACAGAUCUUCAAAGAAAGAAGACUUUACAACAAUAGAUCUUCAAAGAAAAGACUUUACAACAACAGAUCUUCAAAGAAGACUUUACAACAAUAAAUCUUCAAAGAAAGAAAACUUUACAACGUUCCUUUAA